AUGGAGCAGGACGCCCAGGGGCAGCUGCCGCCCCUCCGACCUGCGGCCCUCGCUGUCGUCCCUGAGGCGGGCGACGAGCAGCCGCGCGGCCUGAGGAUCGUCGAGCAGAAGAAGAUCGAGGAGCACGAGGUCGAGAUGUACAAGGAGCAGGACCGCUACCUCCCGAUCGCCAACGUCGGGCGCAUCAUGAAGAAGUGCCUCCCCGAGACGACCAAGGUGUCGAAGGACGCCAAGGAGUGCGUGCAGGAGUGCACGUCCGAGUUCAUCAGCUUCAUCACGUCCGAGGCGGCCGAGCGGUGCGCGGUCGAGAAGCGCAAGACGAUCAACGGCGAGGACAUCUUGUUCGCCAUGUCGACGCUCGGGUUCGAGAUGUACGCCGAAGUCAUGAAGAUCUACCUCGCCAAGUACCGCGAGCACCAGCGCUCGAUUGGCAAGCGCGCGCAGAAGCGCGGCGGCGGCGCAAAGGCCAGUGCGGCUGCAGCGAGCGCGAGCGCCCUGCCGGGCCUUGUCGUCGGCGGCGAGGGCGACGAUGCGGGCGACGACGAUGAGGAGGGCGACGGCGAGGGCUACGCCGAGUCGGAGGGAGACAUGGAGUGAGCUGUGCCGGUGCGGCGUGCCGUCUGUCGUCGUCGAGGUCCGCUUUCUCUUCCGCUUGCCUCAAAUGUACACUCUUGCACUCUUGCCUCUUCUCUCUGUGCCUGUGCAACCCGAUGCCGUCGAUACCGACC